UUUCCUCUCAACUCUAGUGUCGUCCCUCGCCAAGAACCAGCCACCGCCGCCGCCUCCGGCCUCCGCUUCCGGGUCUCAAGGUCUCCGGCGUCAACCGAAGCAGCAGCGACAUGAAGCGACUGCUCAGACGGCUCUCCCGCGUGGCCGCGGCCGACGCCUGCGCAGCCGCCGCGUACCAGCCGCUCCGGCCGGACGCGGCCGCGAAGGCCUCCUCCACGGCCGCUACGUCGUCGUCCUCGUCGUUCUUCGGCGCGCGGAGGCUCGGCCGCGGGGCGCGGGUGCCGGAGGGGCACGUGCCGGUGUGCGUGGGCGAGGAGGGCGGCCCCGUGGAGCGCUUCGCCGUGCGGGCAGAGCUCCUGGGCCAGCCGGCGUUCAAGGCCCUGCUCCGGCGCGCCGCACAGGAGUACGGCUACGGCCACCCGGGCGCGCUCCGCAUCCCCUGCGCCGUCGCAAACUUCCGCCGCCUCCUCCUCGGCCUCUCCGACCCCGGCUGCCAGGGCACGGACAGUGACGACGCCGCGCUCUACUACUAGCCUUCUUGCCCGUUCGGCUGCCAUGGAGUGGAGGGCGUGAUUGGAAAUUUUCCCCCUAGCGAAGGCAAAUCGGUGAACCACCAGAGCGCCAAUUGCCAGCUGAUGUGUUCUGACCGAUUUGCCCCUGCGUGGAUGUUGUACAUAGCGAGGUCACACGGGGAUGGUGGAGGGUAGAACGAGGAUUCAGCCGCAUUUUCUACUGCACCUCAACAAUUUUAGGACCUGCUGUCUUGUGGGAAUUCUUCUUCUUCUUCUGAGUGUUCUUGUAGCUAGCUCUAGAUCAAGCUCUCGUAGCUGCAUGAAGCCUCUUCUUACUCUUUUUUGCUAGGGAUUUUGAGGUCUUGAUAACACAUCAUGUAAGCCGCAAGGUUGGCCUCAUGUGAGUGAAAUGGAUGAUUUUGCCACUGCAAAAGUUUGAUACAGGA